GUGCCACCAUCGACUUCGCUGACUACCAGGGCCGAACACCGCUUCACGAGGCGGCAUACUAUGGGUACCAGAACCUCGUUGAGUUCUUCCUCGACAAGGGCCAUCCUAUUGAUCCGUUGGACAACUUCGGGCAGAUGCGUGGUUCCUUCUUCUCUGAUGAGACUGCAGCUACGCAUGCCCAUGUUGCGCGUUUGCGUCACGCGCUGCGCAACAGGGUUGCCGCCCUUCAGCUCAGUAUCCUCCGAUGUGCCUUUGCUGCCUGGCGAAAUCCUGCUAUGGAUUUCUGGACUCUGGCUAGUGGACGCUGGACGGCUGCCUUGCAGACUGUCAUCUCCCUGCUCGGUCGUUCUAUUGCUCAUGCAGGUAGGGAUUUAAGGCGUCUCUGUCGUCGGGAUAAGAAAGCUUAUUUGGAGGGCUUGGCUGAUGCAGUUGAUUCUGCUGCUCCUGGUGAGACGCAGACCGCGCUCAGGAGACUUCUGCGGCCAAGGAAGUUCCGUCGUGGCGGUCCUCUGCCACUGCCGCUUUUAAAGCGACCAGAUGGUUCCGUUUGCCAAUCCUUCGAUGCCAUCCAGCAGGAAUGGCGUCGUCACUUCGCUGACUUAGAAGGUGGUCAGCAGAUUCCUCCUGAACAGCUUGCAGUUGAGUGUGUUCGUCGUCAAGCUGGUGUUCUGGCCAAAGAAUCCUUGGAUUGUGCAGUCAUCCCGGAUUUGGUCCAGUUGAGGGAAGCUUUUCGCAAUGUUAGUCCGCUCAAGGCUACUGGUCCCGAUGGCAUACCCCCAGCUCUUUGCCGGGGUUUUGCCACACCCCUCGCGACUGUUUUCUGGCCUGUCCUGCUCAAGACCUUGUGCUUUGGAUCUGAGCCAGUUGGAUACAAGGGAGGUGUUUUGUUUCACAUUCCUAAGCCUGGGGCGAAAGACAAAGGUGUCUGCUCCGCCGAGCGAGGUAUUCUCGUGCAGAGUACCCUGGAGAAAGUUCUUCACAAGGCUCUUCGUCCCAUUGCGGUCGAUGGGCUCAAUCGCAGUGCUAUGCCCCUGCAGCUUGGCGGAAGGGCAGGGUAUAGCCAUAGCAUGGGGUUUUACUGCGCUAGGCUCUUCCUUGACUUCGCAAGACACCAGGGCCUUUCUGCCGGCAUCCUCUUUUGUGAUCUGGCGGCGGCUUAUUAUGCCAUCGUCCGGGAAACCUUGAUAGGGCGUGAUCUGCACUCUGCACCAAUUGAGGUUGUUGCAGGUUCGCUGGGGCUCACCUCCGAGGAUCUACAGGCUCUCCAAUUUUUCUCGGCCGAGGAGCCUGUUCUUGCGGGGAAGGGGGGAGAUGCCCUCCUUCAUGCUCUUGCCAAGGAGUUUCACACUGACUCCUGGUUCCUCCUUCAUCAGGAUAGUGCUCUCGUGCGUACCAGACGAGGGACCCGGCCUGGGUCUAGCUGGGCUGACACCAUGUUCAGCUUGCUCUUUGCCAGGGUUCUCAAGCGCCGUGGUGACUUUGCCGUUGAAGGAUAUAAGCCUAUCGUCCCCUGGUCUGGUGAGCGGCGGCCCGUGGCCUUUGAUGCACGAAGGGCAGGCGCUCAGCAGAUCGAUGUUCAAGACAUUGUCUAUGCGGACGACCUUGCAACUUGCAUUGUCUCCUCGUGUGCAGCGGCCCUUCCGCAGGCGGUGCGGCAUGUGGCGGGGUGUUCUUUCGACGCGCUCUUGAGCCAUGGCCUCAAGCCAAAUGUUGGGCCAACGAAAACCUCGGCCAUGUUGGUUCCCAUAGGCGUGGGCGCGCGAAACACUCGCACACAGGUUUUCACGCAGGCGAAAGGUAAGCUGCCCGUCCUAUGCGAUACAAUCCCGACCGUGCACCGUGACGUGGUGCCCACGUAUAGGCACCUUGGCUCUGUGCUGACGUUUGGGGGCUCUAUGCUCCAUGAAGCACGCGCCAGAGUUCAUAUUGCCAGGCAACUCUUUCGCGAGGGUCGGGCGACCGUCUUUUGCACGCCUCAUAUUGCGUUGCCCAAGCGUGUCCUUCUUCUGCGUUCGCACGUGCUUGCUGCAAUGUUCUCAGGCUGCGGGGCAUGGCCAGAACUGUGUCAGUCUAGCUGGAAGCAGCUUAACACGUGUUUGUUCAACAUGCUACGAGCCAUGCUGCGCAUUCCGCAUGAUGCUGACCAGAGGUGGUCUGCUGAAAUGGUCCUUGGUGAAGUCGGUCUUCCUGAUUUGCGAGGUCUCCUCGCGGCGGACCGCCUCCGCUUUCUUGCCCAGCUUGUGCGUACUGGUCCGUGCGAGGCGUUUGCUCUGCUGCAGCACUCGCCUCGUGCUUUGGCGGCCUUUCGCUCGGCGGCUGAUUGGUUUGUGCAGGCAUGCGAGGCGACCUCCCCCUUGCGCGGACUUGGUGAUUCGUGGGAGGCAUGGCAUCAGGCCUUUCUCUUGCCUCGUCGGUUCCGGGGCCUGUUGAAGCGCGCCACUGCUUGGCAUGUGGGUGCUCUACGGGCCAUGGCGCGUUUCCAGGCAUUCUGCAGACAGCACUGGGACCCUGUUCCCCCUCCUGUUGUUGAUGUUGAGGUGGCCACUCACGCUUGCCUUCUGUGCUCCGUUGCUUUCUUCGACUUCCAUUCCUGGUCCGCCCACGCGGCGCGUACGCACGGAUACCGGUCUAGGGCGAGGCGUUUUGCGGCCGGGCUCACUUGUAGGGCUUGCGGGGUGCGUUUUGCGACACUGGUUCGACACCAGCGACAUCUGCAGCAGUCCGUGCGUUGUUGCCAGGCUGUAGAAUGGGAUCUUCCGACUUUGUUUCCCGUCGACCAGUCCACGCCAGGACACAUCCAAAGUGUCUCGGCUGGUGGUGGAGACUUUUGUCACGUGCCUGAGGCUGGGCCUGACGUGGCUGUGUCAUUGCUACGCAGCCUUCGUGUUGGGACCUUCCGGGAGGACGUCGACAUCUUCGAGGUGGUCAAGGCCACCGUUGAGCCCCUUCACGUCUUGCGCAAUACCUUGGAAUUUUGGAUUGCGGAGCUGCCGCCAGGUCAGCUGCGAGAUAGUGCAUCUGACGUGCUCUUGUGCUUGCGGGCGGAUCUGCUAUGUGAUUCAGCGUCCAGGGUUAGAAAGUGCAAGGACGCUCCGGUUGAGGGAUUUGAGCCGCUUCUUCGCCCUCUCCCCUUGGUUCCCCUCUGGGAGCCUUUCCCUCUUCUGUUGGAUUCGAAGGCCGGCUGCGGUGCCCCUUUGGACUCUUUGCCACUCCCUUGGCCAGACGUUUGCUCUGUGUGCUUCUGGUCAGGUCCCCCUGCUGGCUUGGAUUUCGCCGGCCUUUCAAUUUCUAUCCCUGCACCUCCUUUUCCCCUCACCUGUGUAUGGCAGCCUGUUUCCUGCACUCUGCGUGAGCUCCGCAAGUAUGACCUCUGGUUGCGGCUCCUGUUCGCUUGGUUGUCCUUUGCGCUGUUGCUUGCGAG